ACUCUGAGCUCUUGAAUGGUCAUCAUCGUACUACACUUUCUAUUGGCCCUUCUGGCUCCUAAAGCAUCCCCGAUAUAGACAGCACUCACCCGGAAUUCUGUUGGCCUUUCUUUCUUUUUUAUUUUGUUCUCCUCUGCAGCCCAUGCAAGGCUGCUGCAACACCUACAUCCAGGUUUUAAUCAUCAGACAAUCAUCACUGCCUGCCUGCUGUCUGCUGCUCAAAUGUUGGGAGACAAGGCUCACGGUGUGACUUUAAAGGUGAUGGAGUACACAUACGACGAGGACCUGGAAGAGCUGUGUCCUGUGUGCGGAGACAAAGUGUCUGGAUAUCACUACGGCCUGCUCACCUGUGAGAGCUGCAAGGGCUUCUUCAAGAGGACAGUGCAGAACAACAAGAGGUACACGUGUGCGGAAAACCAGGAGUGUAAAAUAGACAAGACCCAGAGGAAAAGAUGUCCCUUCUGUCGGUUCCAGAAAUGCCUCAAUGUCGGGAUGCGGCUGGAAGCGGUGCGUGCAGACCGCAUGCGUGGGGGUAGGAAUAAAUUUGGCCCCAUGUACAAGAGAGACAGGGCCUUGAAACAGCAGAAGAAAGCUUUGAUACGAUCCAACGGUUUCAAGUUGGAGAGCACGGCUCCUCCGCCAGCCUCUCCUCUGCAGGCAGACUACGGCUUCACUGGCACCUUGCACACCCUUCCCACCAUCUCUAAAAGCCUGCUCCCAUCCACCCCGAGCUCCAUCACUCCCACAGACUACGAGGCUAAUCUCUACGGACCCCCGUCUUUGGGUAUGGCCAUGCAGUCACACGUGCCCCUCACCACCCAGUACCAGUACACAGCCUUUCCCGGAAGGGCAAUUAAAGCCGAGUGCCCCGACUACACCAGCUCCCCUGAGACUCUUACAGGAUACCCUUACCCAGACAUGUACCCCUCAGCCUCGCCGCAACCCCCCAGCCUGCCGCCGCUGGUUCUGGAGCUGCUGCGCUGUGACCCGGACGAGCUGGUCGUCCAGAACAAGAUUGUGACUCACCUGCAACAGGAGCAAAACGGCCGGGGUCGGCUGGAAAAGCCCAGCACCUUCAGCCUCAUGUGUCGCAUGGCAGACCAGACUCUGUUCUCCAUAGUGGAGUGGGCUCGGAGCUGCAUCUUCUUUAAGGAGCUGAGGGUGGGAGAUCAAAUGAAGCUGCUUCAUAACUGCUGGUCUGAACUGCUGGUCCUGGAUCACAUUUUCAGACAAGUGCAACACGCAAAGGAAGACAGCAUUCUGCUGGUGACCGGCCAGGAGGUGGAGCUGUCAUCCAUCCUGUCUCAGGCUGAGGGGACACUCUCCAGUCUGGUCCAAAGAGGUCAGGAGCUGGCAGCGAGGCUGCGGGUGCUGCAGGUCGACCGCAGAGAGAUCGCCUGUCUGAAAUUCCUCCUCCUUUUCAACCCAAAUGUAAAAUUGCUGGAGAACCAGGCGUUUGUGGAGGGCGUCCAGGAGCAGGUGAAUGCUGCUCUGCUGGAGUACACCCUGUCUGCCUACCCUCAGUUCCAAGAGAAGUUCAGCCAGCUGUUGGUACGGUUGCCGGAGCUGCGCUCCCUCAGCACGCAGGCCGAGGACUACCUAUGCUACAUGCACGUGAGUGGAGAGGUGCCCUGCAACAACCUGCUGAUCGAGAUGCUGCACGCUAAGAGGGCGUGUGUGUGAGGAGCGUGAGCAGGACGCUCUGCCACCAUAUAUUAUUUGUCUAGGUGAGAGUGUGUGUGUGGACGGAAAAGAGCGAGUGACAAAAAUGUUGAAUGACACUAGACAGAUUCCCCCGGGUCACCUUUGUGACACAUUUUUAUGUUUUGCGUUGGAUGGAAAAAAAAAGUUCCUUAAAGUUUGGAAUUAUAAAGCUACGUGUGUGCUCACCGGUAGUUUGGAGAUUUUGAAUAUUAAUGUUUUCAUGUCCUGCAGAGCUACGUUAAUGUGACCUUUAUAAACUGGAUUUUCUAACUUGUUUUCAAGCAUCUAAAGUUCGACCUGCGUAUAGAGUUACAUUCUAUCUAUUUUGAGCAAAUAUAACAUGAAUCCCAGACAAGAUUUUCUACAUUCCACAGAGCUGCCCAUCAAACAGUUACUCUUUAGAUACAUGCCAUUCAUUGCCACCUUUUUCAAUCUGUAACAUUCACACCCAAAAUAUCUUUGUCAUAUCGCUACCAAACUUUGAAAUUUGCCGUCACAUCACUGGAUGAAGGUAUUUGCUGCAUGAGCAAAUGUUUACUUUGUACAGCAAAUAUUUGCUUUGUCUUUUCAAAGUAAUAUUUUAAUACCUGAAUGAGACGUUUUUGAUCGCAGUAUCUGAUGCUACAUCCUAGAUGCUUGUCCUAGAUUAUCUUUAUUAUUUUGAUGAUGUCAUGUCGUCAGACUAGAGUAGCACUGCUAGAGAAACCCAACAGACAUAAAUAAAGUUUAGUUUAAAUCUAUCUAGAUGUUAAUAUAUUGAUAAAGCGAAGGCAGUCUUGAGAAAAACACAUUAAGUGUUUUAUCAAACAACAAGAACAGAAAAUGAGAGAGAAAGGCAGAGAAGAGAGAGACAAACAAAGCAGGAGAUAAAAGAGAGAAACUGUACACAGCAAAGCUUUGGAGCGGAGCAGAGCCGACGGGGGAGCUACAAUAGACACAUCAAUGUGCACUUGGUAAUGACAAUGACAGCAAACAGAAGCAGAAGGAGGCGUCUGUAAUGUUUGUCCUUCGGCUCAGUCCUUAAUGAUGCAGCAUCCCUAAAAGGUGCAUCUGGUCACAUGUGGUUUCUUGGUAAAACUCCGUUCAUCCAUUCAUUCACAUUGGUGUCACUUUUCAACACACCGAGGUACACGCCAUGAAGGAGCGAUGCGUCUCACACGGAUUUUGAUCAGAUCAUCAAAACUUACUGCCUUCAGUAAGUUCCUUUGUUUUCAGAAAAUCACAAAAGGAGGUGAAAACCCACAUCUCAGUAGCCCUUGACUGCUUUGUGCUUCUGCACUGAGAUAUAAAUCUUUAUAGAAGUCAUUUAAAUAGUUUCAAUUUUCCUUGAAAAACCAUGAUUUAAGCAAACAGACAAAACAAAUUUGUGAGGACUAUUUUCAGCCACCAUUUGUCCAUGUGGUGGACGGUAGCAGGACAGGGGACUGUGUCCUGACUUUGCUUAAGUUAUUCACACUUUUCUGUCCUGUGUCACGCUUAAAGGGGACCUAUGCUGUUCACUUAGAGAGUAGCUUUAAUUACAGUUACAAGUAAUGGUUAAUAUACAUCACACUACUGGGGUGGCUGUGGCUCAGGUGGUAGAGCAGAUCAGCUACUGAUCGGAAGGUUGGUGGUUUGAUCCUUG